AUGAGUGAGGAGCCCCGAAAGGGUUUUGACAGAGCGCGGUUUUUCUACUUCGAACGGCCUGAUGAGCCACCGUUUUCCAGCUAUUCCAGCCCACGUAGAGUUGCUUCGAGCACCAGGAUCCCGAUCAGCAGAGAGCAUGUCGAUACCCACUCCCCUCCCGCUGUGAAUCGUUCUCCCAGCAAUGCGUCAACAACAUCUAGUACAACUAGAAGUACCAAUAGUGAUGUUUCUAAUCGAGAAUCGCCGACAUCGACUGUUGCAUCGAAGGCCAGCCAACCCCCAGCCGGGUACAUACAACCACCCUCACUGAAUCAGCAGUUGGCUUCGGCUGCCUACGACUAUGCCAACGACGAGCCAUGCGACUUUGGCUUUCCCGAUUGCGAUCUGCGUGACUGUGCCGAUGAGUUCGAGGGCUGGAUAGCUCAUGCAGCCUCUCACUUUCCGCAUAGCACUUCUCCGCCGUCGAAAGCCGUCUGUAUGUUCUGCGAUGUCGAAUUCGAUGGUGCCGAGAGCGAAAACAGUGCACACCCGACUUUGUGGGAGCGUAUGCUACAUAUCCGCAAGCACCUUCAAGAUUUGACUUCCCCCGCCAUCGCACAGCCCGUCCUAUCUCUGAUAGAAGGCAUGUACGCGAACGACUUCAUCAGCCAUGACCAGUACGCGUGUGCUAUCCAGUACACUGAGAAGGAUUGGCUCUUCCCAUUAGAUUAUGAGACACAAGAGAUGAAGAUAAAAAGGGAGAGAAACUCGCAAGAGUAUCACAAUCUUGACAAGGAGAGACGAGCGCAGAAGAAGGAAGCCCAGAAGGACAAAGACAAGGGCAAGGGCAAGGAAGUCCACGAGCAAUCUCAAGUUUCCCGCAGGUCCCGCCGUCCGCCAACGGUCCGCCAAGCGGAUCUUCGCCUCGUCCCGAAUACGCGGCGUCGCGGUCCCACGAUACCCUAG